UGCACAUUUUGCUUAACUUUUUUUACAAGGAUGGCGGUGGUUGUGGAGAAUGGUCGCGUUCCAUCAAAUUUUAUGGAAGUUUCGGAUAAACAGGAUAAAUGUAACGGUACAGAUAACAAGUUAGCGAACGGGAAAGUGAAUCAUUACAAAAAUGGACACGUGAAAAACGGCCUCAGCAAUGGCGUUAAUAAGCACAAUGCAGACCGGUGGGCUCCAGUGGACUGGUCGCAGUUCGAGCUGCCGGCGCCGGCGGAUGAGGGCUCCAUGGUCACGGUGGCGCUCACGCAGAUCGGCUUCCUCAUCCUCAUGAUCCUCGGCUAUCUGAACCAGCUGCUGUUCACCCCGAAGGUGGCGAGGGAGCGGAAUAGAGAGGGUUACGCGCCUCUCUACAACCCGUUCGAGCAGUUCUUCUCUCGCUACGUGUACCGGCGCGUGCGCCACUGCUUCAACCGACCAAUCACGAGCGCGCCCGCCGCCGAGGUCACCGUCAAGGAGUGGACGACCAGCGACUACAACUGGAGCUUCCAGUUCACGGGCAAGGAGCGUCGCUGCGUCAACCUCGGCUCGUACAACUACCUGGGCUUCGCAUCAGGCACCGGCGAGUGCGCGGAGGCGGCGGCGGCGGCCACGCGGCGCCACGGGCUCAGUCUGUGCUCGCCGCGCGCCGAGCUGGGCCAGUGCGAGCUUCAUGUGGACCUGGAGAGGACCACGGCUGAGUUCUUUGGUGUUGAGUCAGCCAUAGUAUUCGGCAUGGGUUUCGCGACCAACUCGCUCGCUCUACCCGGUCUCCUCGGCGAGGGGGACUUAGUGCUGUCAGAUGAGAACAACCACGCGUCUUUGAUCCUAGGGCUGAGGCUGUCGCGAGUGAAGGUGCGGGUGUUCAAGCACAAUGAUAUGAGACACCUGGAGCGGCUGGCGAGAAGAGCCGUGGCUGAGGGGAAGUGGAAGAAGAUCGUCAUUGUAGUAGAAGGCAUAUACAGCAUGGAGGGUUCAAUAGUGCCGCUCCCGGCCAUCAUGGCGCUCAAGAAGAAGUACAACUUGUACUUAUACUUGGACGAGGCGCAUUCGAUAGGGGCCAUGGGGCCGCGGGGGCGGGGGGUUACUGAUUACUGGGGCGUGGACGCCAGAGACGUGGAUAUACUCAUGGGAACGUUCACUAAGAGCUUUGGAGCCGCCGGCGGGUAUAUUGCUGGCUCCCACCGCCUAACCUCCUGGCUGCGCGCGCACGGGCACGCGCACGGCUACGCGCACAGCAUGGCGCCCGCCGUCGCCGCGCAGAUCCUGACGUCCAUGCGAGCGCUGGACACGCCGCCCGGCCGCGCCCGCGUCGCUACCCUCCGGGACAACACUAGGCACUUCCGGCAGAGGCUCCGCUCAAUGGGCAUCCUUACCUUCGGCCACGACGACUCUCCCGUGGUUCCCAUGCUGGUCUACACGUUCAGCAAGAUGGUGUGUACGGUCGAGCGCCUGACUGAACGAUCGCUGGCCACUGUGGGUGUGGGGUUCCCCGCUACACCGCUUAAUAAGGCGCGGAUACGAUUCUGUCUGUCAGCCGCGCACACCCGCGCGCAACUCGACCAGUGCCUCGACGCCAUCGAUGACAUCGCCGACGAGCUGGGUCUGCGCUACGCACGCACGGCCGCAUCCAAAACGGUUCAGCAAUCGCACGAAUAACCACCGAAGUACCUCCAGUAUACUAGAUAUACUUACAUGUCAAUAAAUUAUUUUCUCACACA